CACAAUAGGAAUUUUAGUCGUGCGCCCUCCUCCGAGGGAAUGACGCGUUUCGUAGAUAUGGAAUACGUUCAAUAAUUUCCAUCAAUGCGUCGCCGAGUGCAAAUGCACUUUGCCCUGAUGCUGCCUACGAGGGCAAAAAUUGUGGUUCCAUGUCGCGUCCGACACGCUAUUUAGUGAUAGCCAUGGUUUUCUUUUUGUUUCUCGUUUCAUAUAUCGGGGUUUUACUGAGCAGACCAGCAUGCGCUGCAAAGACCCCUUGUGCCGAUGGCCAGCUGUGCCCUCCCAACUGGUUCUGCUGCGAGCAGAGCUGCUGCUCACCCGCUUCUUCGACACUUGAACCUUCACCAGAUCCUAUCGACGAGUUCAAAGAAACGCUCCCAAUCGCCUGGUAUUCGGAAUGGCCUGUUUUAUUUCUUCUGGGUACGCUGGUUGGAAUUUUGUUUUGCUGCAUCUGGUGCUUGAUAUAUAGGCGUCCAAGUGGGAUUUAUAUGUGUUCGUUUGCUUGCUGCGUACCGCGAAACCGAUCUGAGGGGGAUUCAGCUGGCUCUGUCUAUCCACCGCCUCGGUACAGCCGCUGUGGAUCUUUUCACCAGGCUCCACCACCAUAUUCAGAGGUCACCUCUAAACCAGAUCUCUAUCCGCUGGUCAUCACAUGCGGAGAAGGUGAUGGUAAAUCUGGUGGCAGUUACUUGAUGGUCCAUUACUUCAGGAAUUACGUCAUUCGAGCACCAGGGUCUUUGUCAGCCACUAGCACUGCAGACUCACUCAACUCUAGUUUUAUUUGCAAUGCUGCAAAUGAGGCCAAUACUAUGAUACCACCGCCAUACUCAUGUGCGAGCAGCUACGGUGAUUGCCGUGUUGGUUGCGGGCGAGGAGUGCUUCGCUCCUUCUCAUCGCUAGCAGAACCACGACGGCGGGAGACUAACGGCAGCACUUUCAGAGAGAAUCUCAUAACUUCUCCAGUACAACCACUAGAUCCAGCGUUUGAUUUGGAGCUAGAGUUGAUAGACUGUGAAAUGUACUGCGACGGAGGCUGCAAGCCGCGUCUGGGCUCGUCACCUCCGCCGCGGCGCUCCAACACCGACGACUCCAUAUACGACCAGGAGAUGUACGGCAUACGACAACUGUUCCCGGCCUCACCAGAAAACGCGGCCGCCUGCGAGUCUCCUCCGCAACCGACCAGCCCGACGCAGUCCAGAGAGUCAACUCUCCGACGACAACUCGAGGAGAGGCGACAGCGACGCCAGGACCCCAUCAAAAAGAACCCGAAAAUGAGAAAAUCGAGCUUAUACAUGCCGCUAUCUGUGGGCUACCACGGAAGAACUUCAAGAAUUUCGCCAGGGUCAAGGGUGUCCUCCCGGUCAGCGCCCGCCACGCCCUGCGGCGGUUUGGUACCGAACUUACUGACCUUUACUCAAAGAGUUUCAGCUUCGAGGCUAAGCUCUCGAUCCUCUAGACUCGAGGAAGAAAACGAUCCACUACUUGCAGAUAUUGAAACUACACGCACGGAGCAUAAAUUCUAAAUUCAAAACAAUAAAUUUUUAUGGCUGUAUGAGUGUCAAUUGUUAAAGCGAAGUUGUUUAUAGGCAAUAGAAAAACUUAUGACCUUUGUAUAGAUUCUAUAUUAAUAAAUAAAUGAAUGUGGCCUAGAGUAAACCCCGAUUGCCAGAUUACCUUUUAAAGAGUGUUCAUUGGAGAUGUUAGAAUGCUCAUAACGAGACGUGUCUAUGUUGUAGUUAGUUUAAAAUGUUAUAAUAUUAAUAAAAUAUACCUAGAUAUAAGGUACAUUCUGAGCUUGAUGAACCAUUGUUCACUCGCUUUAAAUGAUAUUACAAUAUCUUAAUCACAAA